CGGCGGGGGAGGGGUCUCUGAGCGCGGCCCCUCCCCCUUGCGCCCCCGCCUGCGCUGCGGUGCCCCCAUUCCGCGUGUCUCUGCCUGUCUGUCCGUCUGCGCCCAGGCCUCGCCCCACCCGGCCCGGGGGCUGCCCGGCCGCCCCUCUACCCACCGCAGCCGACCCCCUCCUUCCCGGCCAGCCCCCGCCGCAGCCCAGGAAACCAGCCGGGACGCCGCCGCCCCAGACCCAGGGCCCUCGCCUGGACCUCGGGGGGCCUGCACUCCAAGAUUGAAUCAAGAGAUCCGGAAACCCCGAGCCUGGGACUCUCAUCUGGGGCCAGCACCCCGAGAUCCAGCCGUGGAACCCCAAGACCUGGAGCUCGAACCCCAAUAUCUGGGGCUGGAAUGCCAACAUCGGUUGCUGGGACCCCAAGAUUUUGAGACCAAACCCCAUAAUUUGGAACAUAGACACCAGGAUUUAGAGUGGAACCCCAAAUUUUGGCAUCUAAGACCCCAAAUCUGGAGCUGAACUCUGAAUUCUGUGCCUGGGACCUUGAAAUCUGGGACUGGAUUCCCAAAUCAAUACCCUGCAACCCACCAUUUGGGACCUGAACUCUGGAAUUCAGGCCUCAGUUUCCAAGAUCUGAACCAGGGGAUUCCAAGGGGCCUGAACCUGUUUGGGCCUGAAGUCCUUGCUGCAGACCUGAAUGCUGAAAUCUGGGGCUAGAGACCUCCAAAUCUUGACUCAGCACCCCAGUAUCUGAAUGCAGAACCACCAGUGUCGGAUCCCAGGACCGGGCUUGGAACUCACACCCUAAACUCCCCCAUUUGGCUGUUUAGCAGCCCACAGCUGUUUGGAAUCCCAAGACCGUGGGAUACCCUGUCCCUGAACUACCCAAACUGGGGCCAGGGUCUCUAAAACUGGACCCUAGAGGCCCAAUAUUUUGGGGUCUGAGACCUCAAGUAUUAAGGUCUGGACACUCCAUUACCACAGAUGUGAGCACAGACACGGCAGACAGUCCCUGUACAGAAGUCUUGGGGACAGGGAAGGCAUGACCAGACGCCUCCUCCAGAGCUCUGACCUCUGACCCCCUUGGAGCCUGAGGACCCUGCUCCCGGGGGUGGUUUCCAGCUCAGGCCGCCCCGCCCGCGAUGGCCGUCCUCCCGUUGCUCCUUUGCCUGCUGCCGCUGGCCCCUGCCUCGUCUCCACCCCAGCCAGCCACACCCAGCCCGUGUCCCCGCCGCUGCCGCUGCCAGACGCAGUCACUGCCCCUAAGCGUGUUGUGCCCAGGGGCAGGCCUCCUGUUUGUGCCACCCUCGCUGGACCGCCGGGCAGCCGAGCUGAGGCUGGCAGACAACUUCAUCGCAGCCGUGCGCCGCCGAGACCUGGCCAACAUGACGGGCCUGCUGCAUCUGAGCUUGUCGCGCAACACCAUCCGCCACGUGGCCGCCGGCGCCUUUGCUGACCUACGUGCCCUGCGCGCCCUGCACCUAGAUGGCAAUCGGCUGACCUCGCUGGGCGAGGGUCAGCUGCGUGGCCUGGUCAACUUGCGUCACCUCAUCCUGAGCAACAACCAGCUGGCAGCCCUGGCAGCCGGUGCCCUGGACGACUGUGCCGAGACGCUCGAGGACCUCGACCUCUCCUACAACAACCUCGAGCAGCUGCCCUGGGAGGCUUUGGGCCGCCUGGGAAACGUCAACACGUUGGGCCUUGACCACAACUUGCUGGCGUCCGUGCCCGCUGGCGCCUUUUCCCGCCUGCACAAGCUGGCGCGGCUGGACAUGACCUCCAACCGCCUGACCACCAUCCCGCCCGACCCGCUCUUCUCCCGCCUGCCCCUGCUCGCCAGGCCGCGGGGCUCACCCGCCUCCGCCCUGGUGCUGGCCUUUGGCGGGAACCCUCUGCACUGCAACUGCGAGCUGGUGUGGCUGCGGCGCCUGGCACGGGAGGACGACCUCGAGGCCUGCGCCUCGCCGCCUGCUCUGGGCGGCCGCUACUUCUGGGCUGUGGGCGAGGAGGAGUUUGUGUGCGAGCCACCAGUGGUGACUCACCGCUCGCCGCCCCUGGCCGUGCCGGCAGGUCGGCCGGCUGCCCUGCGCUGCCGGGCGGUGGGGGACCCAGAGCCUCGUGUGCGCUGGGUGUCACCCCAAGGCCGGCUGCUGGGCAACUCGAGCCGCGCUCGCGCCUUCCCUAAUGGGACCCUGGAGCUGCUGGUCACUGAGCCCGGCGAUGGCGGCAUUUUCACCUGCAUUGCAGCCAAUGCAGCUGGUGAGGCCACAGCUGCCGUGGAGCUGACCGUGGGCCCCCCACCGCCUCCCCAGCUAGCCAAUAGCACCAGCUGUGACCCCCCGCGGGACGGGGAUCCUGAUGCCCUCACCCCGCCCUCGGCCGCAUCUGCCUCUGCCAAAGCGGCUGACACCGGGCCCCCUACCGACCGUGGCGUCCAGGUGACUGAGCAUGGGGCCACCGCUGCUCUCGUCCAGUGGCCAGAUCAGCGGCCUAUCCCAGGCAUCCGCAUGUACCAGAUCCAGUACAACAGCUCAGCUGAUGACAUCCUCGUCUACAGGAUGAUCCCGGCGGACAGCCACUCUUUCCUGUUGACCGACCUGGCAUCAGGCCGUACCUAUGACCUGUGCGUGCUGGCUGUGUACGAGGAUGGUGCCACGGGGCUGACAGCCACGCGACCCGUGGGCUGCGCCCACUUCUCCACGGAGCCGGCGCUGCGGCCGUGCGGAGCCCCGCAUGCACCCUUCCUGGGAGGCACCAUGAUCAUCGCGCUGGGUGGUGUCAUCGUGGCCUCGGUGCUCAUCUUCAUCUUCGUGCUGCUUAUGCGCUACAAGGUGCAUGGCGGCCAGCCCCCCGGCAAGGCCAAGACACCCGCGCCCGUCAGCAGUGUUUGCUCCCAGACCAACGGCGCCCUGGGCCCCACGCUGGCUCCGCCGGCCCCUGAGCCCGCUGCACCCCGGGCCCACACCGUGGUCCAGCUGGACUGCGAGUCCUGGGGGCCCAGCCACGAACCUGUGGGACCCUAGCCAGGUGCCCCCCUCUAAGGCUCCUCCAGCCUCAGGAGCAGAAGGACCCGGACACCCCGAGGGACCUGGGCUCAGACUCACCAAAUUGCUCACGGUUUUUAAAACUCUGAUGGGAAGGGUGUCGGGGACACCAGGGCACAACAAGAAAGUCCUAUUUUUCUAA